UGAGAGUCGUACCGUGAGAGUGAUCUGACAGCGAUUCAAGCUAGCAAAGAGACAGAGAUAACUAUGGAGAAGAGAGUGGAGAAGAUCGGUGAUGACCCGCCUCAUCAGGAGACCCUGGCUGGGGGGGGGGACUCAUCCUCGUCGACAGGGGAAGACCACCUGGGACAGAUGGUGAGGACAUGGUUGGAGACGAUGCUGUCAACCCUCCACCCAGGCCACACCUCCACCACACGCGUGGAGGUUCUCCAACCAGGAGACCUGGAGACACUGGGUGGGGUCGAGGACAAACCAGCGUCCUCCCCCUAUCCGGACCCCUCAGACUGCUCCUCGCCGCAAGGGGAAGACCACCUGAAACAGAUGGUCUUGGAGUCUCAGGAGGAUUCUGAGUCGGUCGUUAUAUCAGAUAGCCCUGCACCCAGGCCACAAAGCCCUGAAGCCAGGCCACAAAGCCCUGAAGCCAGGCCACAAAGCCCUGAACCCAGGCCACAAAGCCCUGAAGCCAGGCCACAAAGCCCUGAAUCCAGGCCACAAAGUCCUGAAGCCAGGCCCCAACGCCCUGAACCCAGGCCACAAAGCCCUGAAGCCAGGCCCCAUCGCCCUGAAGCCAGGCCACAAAGCCCUGAAGCCAGGCCACAAAGCCCUGAACCCAGGCCACAAAGCCCUGAAGCCAGGCCCCAAAGCCCUGAACCUGGACACCAACCCCAAGACAGGCGCGAAGGCUCAAGCCCUUUUGAGGCCUGGCUGCCUCCGAUCCCAGACAGGCCUCCAAAAAAGCUCCUGUCCCGAGUCAUGGCCACCAUACAGGUCGCGAUGAGGAGCAUCCGAAAGCACAAGGUCGGGGUCAUCGUGGCCGAUGCCCCCCUGAGCGACGGAGAAGGGGAUGGGAAGACGGAGGCAGAAGGGGCCCGCCCCGCCCCGGAGGCCGAGGGGAAGGGCCUCAGGCCAACGCUCAAUAUGUGGCUGAACGUUAGGCUGAAGGGGCGCCUGACAAGAGUGGCUGCCCUGUUCCGGUGCGGGUCAAAUGUAUUGUAAAUAAAAUGUACAGAAAAAGUAUGGAUGUCAAACAUCUGAUGGGACCCGACCAUGGCCACAUCGAUGGGACUACACACUGGAGUGAAACCCCAGCUUUGUCUGAGCCAAGGUGAAUUAGACAAAGUAUGUCAAACAUCUGAUGGGACCCAACCAAGUCCUCAUCAAUGUGACAUCACACUGAGGUGUGUAGUACUUUGUUUGAUUUCACCUUGGCUGGGACGGAGCUGGAGUUUAAUUCCGGUGUGACGUCACAUCAAUGUGGACUUGGUCGGAUCCCAUAGACGUUUGAUGUGCAUACUUUGUCUGAGCCCAGGUGAAUUUAACCAAAGCAUGUAUGUUAAACAUCUGAUGGGACCCGACCAUGUCCACAUCGAUGUGACAUCACGCAGGAGGGAAACCCCAGCUUUGUCCGAGCCCAGGGGAAUUUAAACAAAGUAGUUUAACAUCUGAUGGGACCCAACCAAGUCCUCAUCGGUGUUAUCACACUGAGGUGUGUAAUGCUUUGUUUAAAUUCACCUGCACUGGGACCAAGCUGUGGUUUCACUCCAGUGUGAUGUCCCAUCGACGUGGACUUGGUUAGGUCCAAUAAGAUGUUUGACAUACAUACUUUGUUUCAAUUCACCUGGGCCAAACGCCCAAUUCAUGGGAACCAGCACAGAUUCAAAUAAAAAUAUGUUGCAGCA